AUGUCAGAUUUUCAGGAGUGGAAACACCGCAUAGAAGAGAAAUGCGUGAUUCGAUGGGCCGUUCACUCCAAGAAGACUUCAGCGGGACGUCCGGUUACCUACUUUAGGUGCAGCAGGGCGGAACCUGGUCCGUCAUACGUCGAAAAGUGCACGAACACUAAGAAAGUUGUCGAAUACUGCACUGCUUUCAUGAAGAUGACUGUGCAAGAAGAUGAAUCAGUUUUUGUCGAAUUUUGUCGAAGUCAUUGCGGUCACGACGUGAGCGCAGCCCUUCUGAAUUUGGACGCAACGUCAGAAUCUUACAUAGCAUCACUUUUGAAAGAAGGAUUGACAUUCAAGCAGAUUCUCAGAAAAAUCAGGACAAGCUGCAGAGAAGCGAAUAAUUUUAACACACGCAUUUACUACACCACUUCUCGCGAUAUCAGACGGAUUGCCAUAAAGGAGAAAAUCGAUCCCUCACGCAAACACAGCAUAGAUACAAUUUCUUUGGAAAUGCGUAUCGAGCAAGCCAAUGUAGACGAUGGAAUCAGACGUUAUGCUCCAGCUGUAAAUGCAAGCGGUGACGGCUUCAUUCUCGUGAUUAUUACACCAGUCCAACUAUGUUGGUUGAAAAAGUACGCCGCUCGCGCCAUUUGUAUAGACGAUACCUUUAACUUGACACCAUAUGCCCUACGUCUCGCUUCCAUAGUUCUACCGGACGAAUGGGAUAUGGGGGUGCCAGCGGCCUUCUUGCUGUCUCACAGAAUGACGGAAAAAGAAAUAAGCAUUUUGUUCGAGGAAAUAGCCAAAUUACUGCCUAAUUUCGAAACGAAGUUUUUUAUGUCGGACGACACAAACACUUUUUACAAUGGCUUUACCCAAAUCUUUCCUCGCUCAAAUGCAAAAAAGCUGUUAUGCACAUGGCAUGUGGUACAGGCCAUAAAAAGGCACUGUAAGAACUUAAUACAGACUGAACUUACUUCAAACAUAGUCGGACAAGUAACGAAACUGUGCAGACUGUCGGAUCCGGACAUUUUUGCUGCAGACUACGAUUACCUUCUGUCCUUCUUACGCCAAAAAGGCGAGAAUGCCAUGCUGCACUAUUUUGAACGUGUUUGGAGGUUGAAACAUGAAUUUAUCGAGAGUAAAGCAAGUAUACGCAUCGACACUCUCGUAGACAUUCUCAUAAGCUUAACCUCAUGCAUGGAAGAGGAUCGACAGAUAAAAAUGGCUAGAGGGAUCCGCGAGGGUCGGCAUCGCUUGCAAGAGCAGCAUAAAUGCCAUGCUACUGCAGUUCAGCUGUUUUGCAGUGGAAAGGCGAACACUAUUGUUGAAAGUAGCGGGCACUGGUCGGUGUCUGUGAGCGGUUGUCUCUAUCAUGUACAGCAAAGAGAAUGUCCUUGCGACAGCAUUAUUAUAGGAGUGGCAAUCAGCUCUCUUGAGACGCCGGAUGACAACUUGAACCCUGAGCUGGAUAUGGCACCAUUUGCAAUCACGGAAGAAGAGGUUGUGACGACAACAGUCGUGGAUCGUUGCAAGGAUUUAGUGGCUGUAUUAGAGGCC